AUGAAGCCUAAAAGUAGAUUCCAGAAAAGUCAGUUAAUGAUUGAAAUAGAGCCUCCGAAAGAAAUAGACGAGGAUCAUCGAGAUUUUUUGAUAAAGGAGUCUAGAUGGAUGUAUGGAUGCUUCACAGAUGAACACAAGUGGAAAACAAAAUUAUUUAAAACAGUUGCUCAAUGCGCAGUUAGAUACCUUCAGACCAAAGACCAACGCCUAAAAAAACGAAAAGAAGAAGAAGAUAAACGCCUAAAACUUGUUUCAAAAAAUGUUUCGGUGAGCAUCCAUAAAUUCUGGAAUAAUAUUUCAAAGAUAGUAAGACAUAGAAAACUAAGUGAGUUAAAUAAGCUUUUGAGAAUUAAGCAAUUUGAAAAACUUGAUAAACUUGUUUCUGAAACUGAGAAAUUUUAUUUUGGAAUAACUGAUGAAUUAUUGGAUUCAAGAAAAACUUUAUCAAAAGAUCAAUACAAAAAAACUGAAACAAAAAGUAUAUCUGAUAGCGAAGAUGAUGUUGAAAUAGAUAACUGGGAGUAUAUUGAAGAAGCUGACAAUAGAUUGGAUCUAGAAAUGGAAAGCUCUGAUUUUGAUAGUGAUGAAGUUAACGCUGAGCUAAAUGAACUCAAUGAUGAUGCAAAUUUAAAUUUGGAGGAACUAUACUUAAAAUAUUAUGGGAGUUCCAGCAAUAAAAAAAUUGAUUUAAAAAAAAGUAAAUCAGAUCCCAUAACUAUAGAAAAUGAAAUCAAACACAAAACUCGUGAAUAUUGUAAAAAGAAUAAUGAAUAUAAUCUUAAGAAACAUGAUGAAGAAUUAGAUACGGAAAAAGAUAUAAAUGGUGUAAAUAAAAAAGACUACUCAAAUUGGAAAGAUAAAUGUGAUUCAUUGAAAAGUAAUGUAAACACUUCAAUCAGUAAAGUCGUUACAAACCUAAAAGACAAAAAUCAUUCGUCAAGUUUUAUGAAAAUUAAUGAAAUUCACGAAAAAAAUUCCGGCCCUAAGACUAAAAUCCCUUUUCUUUUAAAACAUAAUAUGAGAGAAUAUCAAGUUGCAGGACUUGAAUGGAUGGUUAAUUUGUACAAAAGAGGGCUAAAUGGAAUACUCGCUGAUGAAAUGGGUCUUGGGAAAACUAUUCAAACUAUCUCACUUCUUGCAUAUCUUGCAUGUUAUAUGGAAAAUUGGGGUCCGCAUUUAAUUGUUGUGCCUACAAGUGUAAUGUUGAAUUGGGAAAUGGAAUUUAAAAGAUGGCUCCCCAGUUUCAAAGUUAUCACAUAUUUUGGCAGUCCUAAAGAGAGACAAAAGAAAAGAAUGGGAUGGAACGAUCCUGAUGCAUUUAAUGUAUGUAUAGCAUCAUAUACUUUGAUUCUACAAGAUGCACAUAUUUUUAAGAGAAAACAUUGGCAAUAUUUAAUUUUAGAUGAGGCACAAAAUAUUAAGAACUUUAAAUCACAAAAAUGGCAAGUAAUGCUAUCAUUUAAUACUGAAAGAAGACUUUUGCUUACAGGAACGCCUUUACAAAAUAAUUUAAUGGAAUUAUGGUCAUUAUUACAUUUUUUAAUGCCACACAUAUUUACAUCGCAUCAUGACUUUAAAACUUGGUUUUCUGACCCAUUAACAAGUGCUAUUGAAAAUCAGCAAAUUGAAAAUGAAAAGAACUUAUUAAGAAGACUACAUACUGUACUGAGACCUUUUUUAUUGAGAAGAUUAAAAAAGGAUGUGGAAAAAGAAAUGCCAUCAAAAAUUGAGCACGUAAUUAAGUGUCCUUUAAGCAAGCGGCAGAAAGAGCUUUAUGAUGAGUUUCUUGAAAGUAAGUCAACUCAAAAUACUAUUGCUGGCGGAGACUAUAUUGGCUUAAUGAAUGUAUUAAUGCAACUAAGAAAAGUUUGUAAUCACCCUGAUCUUUUUGAGCCUAGGUUAAUCAAUACACCAAUAUUUGAAAAAAAACUAAUGAUAAGUUACUCAUUUAACUCACUCAUAUUUUCUCCAAAUAUAUGCAUUACCAUGUCUUCUAAUGUGCCUACACUUGGGAAAAAUAUUUUGACAAAUAAUUACCUAUUCAUCGGCAAAAAAAAUAAUAAACCGAAUUACAUUACAUUGUUUGACCAAUUAACUAAUAAUAGAUUUGUAAAUCUACCUAAUAUUUUCAUUUUAUAUAAUGAAAUCCAUAUGAGCAAGGCUCAAGUUCAAUCUCAAUGUGAAUUAACAUACAAAGAAUGGUCCAAAAUACAAUCAAAGGAUUGUAUUUCAUCGAAUCCACUAUUUACCACAUGUAUUUCAGGAUCAGAACAUCUUUUGGAUGCAAACCGUUUUAUCCAACUAAACCUCAACCAAUUAGCUUCUAAUGGCACCAACCACCUUUUAAUUGGAGCGGAAUCACAGAGCAUUCAAUACACGAAAUAUAUUGACAGCCAAUAUAUUUUGGACCAAAUAGGUAAUAACAAGGUGAAGAAUAAAUCUUCAAAUAAUACAAUGAAUUUUAAUAAGAAUGUUUCUUUAUUUUAUGAAACUGACCAGAAAUCUAUAUUUGAAUGGAGACCUUCAUGCGAUUACCCACAUUUAUUAGAUGAAUCAAUCCAAAAAUUUCAUUGCAAGCCCAAUGAAAAUACUAUUAAUUGUAAGGAUAAACCAUACCUAAAAUUUAGAAUGCCCUUCAAAGUUGUUUAUGGAAGAGACUGUAGAAAUUUUAUCUUGAAUGAAAUACAAAAUAAUUUAAAGGUGAUUGAAGAAGAAACAAUUUUAUUCUCUACUUUUCCUAGUCUAUUUGCAAAUAAACGAAAAUUUCAUGAAAAUACAUCUAAGUUUCGAAAGCUGGCUUAUUACAAUAUUCCUUACGGAAAAAAUAAUAAUUCUAUUAAUUUGAGAACAUUUCCAAAUGGAUUGUUAUUUGUAAAACCUUAUUUUUAUAGGCAGCUUCCAAUGCUAUCACAAUUCAGUAUGCUUCUUGAAAGCAGAGUUAUUUCGACAAAUUGUUCAAUUUCAAUAGAGGGUAAAUACUCAUUUGUUAAAAAUGAGCUUUUUUACAACUCAUAUAUUUCUUUAAAAGUUUAUAAUCUUAUUAAUGCUUCAAAUACAUAUUUACAUAAUGUUUCGUUCCUUAAAAAGUGUCUUGUUCCACCCAGAAGAAUAAUUGAAGAUGAUUGUGGAAAAUUUCAAAUACUUUCUCGAAUUUUACAUAAACUCUUUAAUGAAGGGCAUAGAUGUAUUAUUUUCACGCAGAUGAGUAAAAUGUUGGAUGUAUUAGAAUCUUUUAUCAAUUAUAGAGGCUAUAACUAUCUUAGACUAGAUGGAAGCACUAAAGUUGAUGAUAGGCAAAAGCUUGUGAAUAGAUUUAAUAGAGAUCAACGAAUUUAUCUAUUUAUCUCAUCAACUAGGUCCGGUGGAGUCGGUUUAAAUUUAACAGGUGCAGAUACUGUUAUUUUUUAUGAUUCCGAUUGGAAUCCAGCAAUGGACAGACAAGCAAUGGAUCGUUGCCAUCGUAUUGGUCAAACAAGAGAUGUGAAUAUAUAUAGGUUGGUUUCUGAAUGGACAAUUGAAGAAAGCAUUUUUAAAAAACAACUUCAAAAGAGAUUAUUGGAUGAUGUUGUUGUUGAUCAGGGUCAAUUUACUUCGGAAUUCUUCACAAAAGGCGAUAUCCAAAAAAUGGUUGGAUCGAGAAGCCAGAAUAUGCUAAGUUCUGAGAAUAACGGUAUAUACGUUACAAGGGUGCUUCACGAAAGUUCAACUUCCGAAUUGAGUACUUUAGUGAAUGCUAACGAUAGCCAAAAGAAAGAAUUUGAAGAAGUUCUGGCUGCAGUUGAAGACUCAGAUGAUUUUAAUGCAUUAAAGAAGUCUUCUAAGGAAAUUGCUGCCGAGAAUGAUGAUUUUAUCAAUGAAUUUGUGGAAGAAAAAACAAAAAAUAGAGAUGAAGUGAAAAAUGCUCUAGAAAAAAACGCAAAUACUCGAUUUACGCAAAAUAAUACAGAUAAAAACAUUCAAUUGAACAAAUUACUCAAAUAUUGUAUUGAAUUUUUUGAAAAUGUGUCAGUUCCUUUGGAUAUUCAAAAUGAAGUUGAUUUAAUGGAAUAUCAAAUUAACAAUAUUGACACUCAAAGUUCUAGUGAAAAAUCAUCUUCUGGAGGAUCACAAAGUGAUUCAUCAUGUAAUUAG